UCGGAGGGAGCAGGGAGCAGGCAGCGGAGGGAGGUGAGCUCCGGGCAGAAGCCGGAGCCAGAGCCAGGACUCCGAGGGCCAGAAGUUUUCUUGGGGCCGGCGUGGGUGCCGUGCCAGCCUCUCGCGGGCCUCGCCCCCCCUGGAGCCUCGGGUCCCGAUCCUCUGUCCUGGAGGCCACCCACGCCACCCACCCCAGGAGGGAAGAACAAACUUUCUCAGGGAAGCCACCUCUGCUGCCGUCUGGACAGGGAGGAGACGGCGUCUGGACAGACAGAUGAACAGACGGACAGGGCGUCCGCCAGCCUGCCCUCCCGGUCCCGGCUCUGACAGGCGGCAGCACAGCGGGUGGCCGGGGAGCCGAGGGCUCCGCGAGGGGCAGCGAGGGGCCCUGCCGGACCUUUGUCUCCCAGCAAGCCACCUCUGAGCCCAGGCUCCGGCCGGAAGCCACUUGGCCGGGCCCAGCCCUGCGGGGCAGGACGGGCGUUCCCAUCGGACGGAGCCACAGGCUCUCCCACCCACCGAGGCGACGGGUAACCUGAGCGAAAAGGCACAGGUGGCAGGUGGGCAGGCGCAGGGCCCCGAGGCCAACCGGCUGCUGACCCUGGAGCGCUCUGGCUCGGGCACCCCUGCCCAGGCCGGGGACGAUGCUGCCGAGGCCACCAGCAGCCACCCCUGCCCCGUCCUGGAGCUGCCACCAGCCUGGCCCCUGGGCUGUGGGACCGAGGAUGUCCCAGCCUUUUGCUUCGUGUGCUUCCACAAGGAGGAGGAGGAGGAGCUUCUGGAAGAGGUCCCACUGCAGAGGGAGAAGAUGAGCGUGGGCUGCCCGGAGCCCGAGCCACCCCGCUCCCUGCCCUGCUGUGGGCCGGGGACCGCCCCUGGGCUGGGGGCAGGCGUGCCGCUCCUCACUGAAGAUAUGCAGGCACUGACCCUCCGCACGCUGGCCGCUAGCGAUGUCACCAAGCACUACGAACUCGUCCGGGAGCUGGGCAAGGGCACCUAUGGGAAGGUCGACCUGGUGGCCUACAAGGGCACGGGCACGAAAAUGGCGCUGAAGUUUGUGAACAAGAACAAGACCAAGCUGAAGAACUUCCUGCGGGAGGUGAGCAUCACCAGCAGCCUCUCCUCCAGCCCCUUCAUCAUCAAGGUCUUUGACGUGGUUUUUGAGACCGAGGACUGCUACGUCUUCGCCCAAGAGUACGCACCUGCCGGGGACCUGUUCGACAUCAUUCCUCCUCAGGUGGGACUCCCCGAGGACACGGUGAAGCGCUGCGUGCAGCAGCUGGGGCUGGCGCUGGACUUCAUGCACGGGCGGCAGCUGGUGCACCGCGACAUCAAGCCCGAGAACGUGCUGCUGUUCGACCGCGAGUGCCGCCGCGUGAAGCUGGCCGACUUCGGCAUGACGCGCCGCGUGGGCUGCCGCGUGAAGCGGGUCAGCGGCACCAUCCCGUACACGGCGCCCGAGGUGUGCCAGGCGGGCCGCGCCGACGGCUUCGCGGUGGACACGGGCGUGGACGUGUGGGCCUUCGGCGUCCUCAUCUUCUGCGUGCUCACCGGCAACUUCCCGUGGGAGGCGGCGUCGGGCGCGGACGCCUUCUUCGAGGAGUUCGUGCGCUGGCAGCGGGGCCGCCUGCCCGGGCUGCCGUCGCAGUGGCGCCGCUUCACCGAGCCCGCGCUGCGCAUGUUCCAGCGCCUGCUGGCCCUGGAGCCCGAGCGCCGCGGGCCGGCCAAGGAGGUCUUCCGCUUCCUCAAGCACGAGCUCACGUCCGAGCUGCGGCGCCGGCCCUCGCACCGCGCGCGCAAGCCCGCCGGGGACCGGCCGCCCGCCGCCGGGCCGCUGCGCCUCGAGGCGCCCGGGCCGCUCAAGCGGACGGUGCUGACCGAGAGCGGCAGCGGCUCCCGGCCCGCGCCCCCCGCCGUCGGGCCCGCGCCCGCGCCCGUGCCCGUGCCCGUGCCGGUGCCCGUGCCCGUGCCCGAGGCCGGCCUGGCGCCCCCGGGCCCCCCCGGCAGGACCGACGGCCGCCCGGACAAGAGCAAAGGGCAGGUGGUGCUGGCCACGGCCAUCGAGAUCUGCGUCUGAGCCGCCCCCGCCGCCCUCGGGCCGGGGCGCCGCGCUCGCACCAGGCCGGGCCGCCGGGAGCCGCCCCGGGCCCGCGCCAAAACGGGGGGCUUGGCGGCGGCCGCGGCAAAUCCGCCCAGCCCCCGCGGCGGCAGGAGGGAGUAGCGGUAGGCUAGGCGGGACGGCGGGCCCAGGCGCCGGGUCCGCGGCGGGCCGCCGAGAUAGCCACCGAAAGACCUCUCGCCCCGCCUGUGGGGCAGGGACUUGGCCCACAGGAGCCGAGCCCCACAGACCCGAGGAUUCAGAGGCGCCCCCUCCCCCGUCCCCC